GUCCAGACCCCCCGUGGAGAGCGAUACGGAUGACGAGGGCGCGCCCUGCAUCUCUCUGAUGGAGAUGCUGGAGGACAUGACCCUGGCUGACGCCACGGGGGGAGAGGGCGCCGACAUGAUGACGGACUAGCCCCGCCCCACUCUGACGGGACGGGGGACGGGGGGCUCGCUUCAUCUCAUCUGUGUGGCUCCCUGGAGGAAGCGAUGCCUCCUGUCCCCGGUGUCUCCCACCCAAUCUGGCAGCACCGCCUUUCUCCUGGACGUUCAGAGGUGCUUCAGUGCUGCUGACGCUCGGUCACUGUGCCGCUAGGGUGUCUCGUGUUCACCGUACUCCUCACCCCCCCCUGCUGGGCAAAGCAGGUAACUGCACGUCCGGUUCCUUCGAGGGACACGAGCUGUGUGGAACUACAUUUGAAUAAGUCAUUUACCUACUAUCCCUAUACCCAAAUAAAUAUAAAUAAAUAUUUACCCUACUGCGUGUUUGCGCUGUGAGUUUGUGAAGGCCGAUGACGUGGCGAGGGAACGGCGCUCAUCGCCUCAGAAGUAUCUGGGGUCCCCCGGCGUGGGGGGUCCCGGGACCUGGGUCCGUGUUACCGGGGCGCCCCCGGUUCCUUUGGGGGGGCACCAGGGCUGUACCUUGUUAUUGAUAUCUUUCAACAGUCAUCUGUUACACUGAGUAGUGAGUGAAUGUGGUAUCUGGGUCCCAAUCAAUUUUGAUAUCUUAUGAUUAUUGAAAACUAGGUGAAAUAAUAAAACUGUGGACCCCGUGUUGGACCGUCUUGGACCACAGCUCUACUGUAGAUAAUACUGUAUACAGUAGAGUUAACACCUCUGUACUGUUCAAACCUCUGUAGUGUAGACUCCACAGUAGUGUUUACACUGUUUUAAUUUGGUUCUCCUGGGAAUAGUCAUUGCGCUCCUCUGCAACACGCUACAUCCACAACGAGGGAGAGCAGAUUGUAUGAAUCUUCAUACAAUGUAGUCUUUCUCUAAGCAGUUUCUGGUUCAUUUACAUGCUGGCAGUCAAAUUACAUGUAGGUAUUGUUUGCAAAGUGAGUUAGUAAAAGGAUUAUUAUCGAGACUUAUUUAAUAUUUUUAGAAAUCUUUUGCGAGCCAACAAUUGAGAACCUCCUAUGAGCCAAGUGCGGCGAGCUGGAACAACCACUAAGUGUCACUGUUGCUUACCUGCACUUCUGAACCGAGUCUGAACCGUUACUAUGCCAAAGUCAUGGCAAUAUCCACUGUAAACAAUAUGCCUCCAUCCAACCUAAAUUCAGAUUAUAAUUGAAAAUGAAUUGAAUUUCAAAUAAGUUUGCAAUUUAUGAGGAUAAUUGAGAGAACAUCAGGCGUGCGCAGAAGCUGAGACACCAAAGCAUCUUCUCGACCUACAGAAAGUAUCUGCUUAGUUAUCUCCUUCAGUUGGGUGAAUGCGUCAUGAAUCGAUAUCAGUCCGGGGGAAACCGGUUUACUUAUGUUCACGGUUUUCAGAUGUACAGUAGGCCUAUGCGUGGUUAUCGGUGCGAGUGUGUCGCGGUCACCCUCUGACCCGGGUCAUCUCACAGGCAGGACUUGAUUGCACCCUUCCAGAUACGACAACACAUUCUUACAGAUAACCCAGCGUGGAGAACUUCAAGGCUGUUCAUUCGGUGUUUGUUUUCCUGUGGACAACCGCGUCAUUAUAGCGACCGAUGGGAAUGUAACAGUUUCUAUUAGACUUUUAAUGAAUGAAAAGUGUUGAACAUGCAUCGUGUUGCUGUUAAUUUCUUCUUCGAGAAAUCACGCCUUCAGAAACACUUGUUUGUUUUAAAAAAAAAAACGUACAUUAGGCUCCUUAAAUCACAUGGCGUCUGCGUGCCCCUGACGUGAGGGGUGGGCGUGGCGUGAUGCUACUUCAUACACCAGUAGUAGUGACCUGCGUCCAGAAGACCUGCUCCAGCUUUAGACACCAGCACAGACUGGCCGUGACUCGUGACCAGACCUGCCCCUGCUGCACACACCAGCAACAGACUGGUGCAGACGUACAGCGGGCCCGCUGUUUCCACUGAUCCCAGACCGAGAAGAACCAUAGCCACCGUCUGAUGCACCUGUGUUACACUUGCUUGCCACGCCCCCUGUACUGGGCCACGGCGUCUGUCGAGGUCACACCCAGACCGAACACACAUGGGUCCCGGGUCGAAUCCCGACGGACACCUGUCGGACCCUUGACUGUGUGAGCCCACGUGGGUUCCGUGGGAGCUGUAUCUUCGCUCUGGAUGGCCCUCCAGACCCUCCAGACCCACCUGGCCUGGCUGUACUACCAGUACCUGCUGGUGACGGGUGUGUACGUGCUGGAGCCAUGGGAGCGCGCCCUCUUCUCCUCCGUGCUGCUCUCGGCGGCGGCCAUGAUGGGCUACACCUCCUACGUCUUCCUGCCCGUCCACCUGCGCCUGGCACUGCACUUCUUCUCCGGCGUGUUCGGCGGGCAGGCGGAGAGCGCCGUGACGCUCAUGAUCUGAGAGGAGGAGGAGGG